CACCCGAGACUUUGAAUAACUCCGAGGCCUUGAGAGAGUUCCUGAUAGCAUGGUGGAGUCUGCCCUUGAAUCUACUAAUGUGGAGACAACAACUAUCACUUCAGGGGCUAAGGAAGGCGAGGAAGACUUACUUACAAAUGCCACAAACAACACUGAUGGAGCGUCGCCGGAAUUCGCUAAAAUGGAAACGUCGACGGAGGCUCCAGACGCUGAACGGGACGAAGAGGAUAAGAACUUGGUGAACCUUUUGAGUCUGGUGCCAGGGAAACAAAGGCUUUUCUACAUGGGAAGCCUUGAGGAGUUGGAGGAGAUGGAUGCUGAAGAAGAUGCUGUGAGGUUUGCCAGAGUCCAUGAUGGGAGAUCGAGAAGCAAGAGGGAAGGUGAAGCUGGCGGAAAAGAUAAAUCGUCUGAACCACAAACACAAAAUCGGGAAAAUCGGGAAUAUUCUACAGCCGUCACAGAGGAUCAAAAGGCUAAGAAAAAGAGAUCAGCUGAAGAUUCUAAUGCAGUGGGGUAUAAGGGGAAAAAGUAUAUCAUAGUUAGGGACAAAAACAAUGAGAUACAGGUGGGAAAGGGAGAUCAGGAGGGUAAGAAAGAGACAUCAGCUAAAAGUUCUAAUGCCAUGGAGUAUAAGGGGAAGAAAUAUAUCAUAGUUACGGACAAGAACAGUAAGAAAGUGUCUGGAAAUGAAGAAAAAUUGCAUACCCAUUCAGAAGCGUCUCGAGAAAUGGAACACAUCACCAUUAACGAAGAGCAAGCCAUGGAUAACGAGGAGACCAAAAGAGAACCCAGUAUGGAAACGAGAGAAGAACAGACAUCGCGGAGAGUCAAACGAGUGAUUAACGACUAUGGGGGUGUAGGCGUCAACUAUGCACAUUACCUUCCGGACGCAACUAACGAAGAGGAGGAGGAUUAUGUGGCCUACGACCUUCCGCCAGAGGACAACCUUAACCUGACAGACCCGGAACGCAAUACCACAACAGAGAGCCACACCACAAUGGAGUACGCCAAGGAAAAUGAGACGGAAUGGGGAAUUAAAAUGAUUCUCCCCACUGUGCCAGCGCUCAAUAUAUCGACAACUGACAGGGGGGCAUACUGGGCAAAGCUUACGAGGGCGGUGACGGAAGAGGGAGAUGGUGAGACGCUCGAACCUGCUAUGGGGGUCGAAACUGUGACGGACUAUGAGGAUGCGGCUAACUCAUCAUCUGUGGAAAGUGAAGAUGGUGAAGAUGAGGAGUGUUUCAUUGUAGUGUGUGAAGAGGAGGUCAUCAACACCACUGAAACACCCACCACAGAAAUACCCACCACAACCACCAUCACAGACACCACAACACCCACACCCACCAUAACCACAUCACCAAUACCCACCACUGCAAUCACCACCACCCCCACCACCACAGCCGAGCCCACCACCGCCCACUCCUUCCUGGUUCAGCCGAUGCAAGACAACCCCGAGAGAUGGGUAUCGCGGCUGCCCCCCAAGUCCCAGGAACGUCUGAGGAAGUUGUGCUGGGAGACAAUGUUCGGGCAGGAGAUCAUCAAGCUGACAGUCAUGGAUUUGGUGGUGACGGUGGUGACGGUGGUGUUGACGGAGUACGUGCGGGCGGUGGUGGUGCGUCUCUUCAACUCGUGCUGCUGCUGGGACCUGGAGAAGCAGUUUCCGGGAUACGCUGACUUCAAGAUUGCCGAGAACAUCCUGCACCUUGUUAAUAAUCAGGGAUGUAUCUCUCUAUUAAUACUCUAA